AUGUCAAUAACAUUUAAAGUCAGUAAUGUGAAUGAAAAUAUAUUAAAUUUAAAACAAUUUAAUAUCAAACCAUUUAUUCAAGAUUUUUUAAAAACUCAAGUUAUAUCAGAUCGUAAUUUUUAUAUGGAAGGUUAUAGAAAAAUACUCAACGAAAAAUUAAGUAAAGAAGAAGAAAAGAAAAAACUAGAUCAGCUUUUUAUAGAUUCAGAAAACUAUUCAAUUGAAUUUAAAGAACAGAAAAAAAGAAAUGAAACUGCCGAUUUUAGGGUAUUAAGUUCAAGUUUUAAAAUUAAUGAUCAAAAGAGUUUAGAUGUCGAUGGUUUAAAAGAAGUUGGUCCAAAUUCAUUUGUAUAUUCAUGUUGGAAAGCUUAUAAUCAACACCAUCACCUCGAAAUUAGACCAGAUGAUGUUUAUAUGUCGAUUAUGGUUCAAUUCUCACUAUAUGUUAACAAACACGCUGAAACAUUUAGAGAUAGAUUAGUCGAUUUUCAAGGUAAAGAAAAAUUAGAAGUUUUAACAGAUGAUCCAAUUCUUACAGCAGAUCAUGGAAAAUUAACAUUAGAAUUGUCACAAAAAAUAAAAUCCCGUAUUAAAGAUCCAUCAAUUGCCGAUUGGGUUAUUCCAAACUUUUCAACAACAACCGAUUCGGACAGGGUUGCAUUUGCAUCGGUAUUACUUUCGACAAUGAAAAAGUUUUUCAACUAUUCAAUGAAAACAAGAUGUGGUUUGCCAUCAGUCACUCUUUUAGGUACUGUAGAUGAUUGGUCCAAUUUAAAACAAAGAUUACAAAAAUUAAAAGAAUUCAAUAUUGAGUCAAAUAAUAAAGAAGAAUCAAACUUAAUGGAUAAAUGGUUAUCAUAUUUGGAACCUAUUUUAGAUCAACUUGUACUAACAGCAUCAGGCAGUCCAGAUUUACAAUGGUGGAACUCAAUUGCACAUCGUGAACAAGGAUCAGGAACUGAUAGACUUUCAGGGUGGUUAUCAAGUUUCUGUUGCUUCAACUCUGAUGGUGACUGGAAUGUUUCACCACAAUCUGAUUCAAAAUGGCCUACCAUCUCAUAUAACACUAUUUCAAAUGGUUUUGUAAAUACACCAGUAUUAUUAAUUGAUGGUGAUGGAACCGAAUAUAACAGUACAUUAUUCUCUGGUCACAUUGCAACAACUACAAAUCAAACAAAAAUUAAACCAUCUAUCGAUUGGUUUUUAUUAUUAGAUCCAAAAUAA